AUGCUGAAAGCAGAAGGCGACGGCGAGGAGCAGCAAUCGUGUAGCUAUGGCUGGUUGACAAUCGUAGCUGUUGCCGUCAUCCUGAUUUCGACCGUGUUGACGUUUAUUUUCGCCGAUCACAUGUACCACGGGACUGAGGAUUAUUCGGGAGUGAGGAUAGAGCAGAUCGAAUGGCUGCCCGCGCAAGGAUUCGCCGCCGUUCCGCAGAAGAGCUUCACCCUCGCACGAGUGGCCCAGGACCCUGACAUGUGUUUCUUGAUCCCCAUCGAGUUGGAAAAGGAAAACGUCGCACUCCGAGUCCGACGAGCCCCAAGGCAAUCCAGAUUUACGCUCCAAUCCAAGUCUUGCGGCGUCGUGCUCGAGCUGGAGAAGAGUGAACUGUUCGGUAAGCGCGAAAGGCGAGAACUCGGUUGCGCACCUGUGAUGGUGAAAUGCGGCCGUAAUAUUAUCGGCCUCACCGAUAGCUGUACCGUCAAAACGGAAUGUGACGUACACGACUUGUGCGAGAGUUCGAAGAACUUUGCCACCUUA